CUUCUACCCACCGUCCCAUUAUAAAAUAGGAGUAUAAAUUUUUACAUUCCAUUUUUCCGCCAGAAAAGGGUUUUUGAAGUACAGAAAACAAAAGGCUCACUUUCAAGAAUUAAGGGUUUCCAUUUCCGUUCCCUUUUCGUUCGAAGUGGCCAUGGCCGACGAAGCUCCUGCUUCUUCAGAAACCCUGAGCCCAAAUGUCAACCAAACGCAGGCUUCAGUGGAAGCAAUCAUCGAGUCGAACGCUCUAGGAGGUACCGAGUCUUCUUGCAACAACAACGGCGAGACCUCUGCUCUUACCUCCGACGCCGACCGCGAAAAUUCUCUGGAGUACGCGGACGAGUUGAUGGAGAAAGGAUCGAACGCCGCCAAGGAAUGCGAUUAUGCAGAAGCCACCGACUGCUUCAGCCGUGCCCUAGAAAUCAGGGUUGCACAGUAUGGCGAACUUGCUCCUGAAUGUGUCAAUGCAUAUUAUAAAUAUGGAUGUGCCCUGCUGUACAAAGCUCAAGAAGAGGCUGAUCCCUUGGGUUCUGUGCCAAAAAAAGAGGGUGAAUCUCACCAAGAUUCCGACAAAGAUGGAUCUGUUAAGAAUUAUAUGAAUGGUGAAUCUUCUGCAGCUUCUGUUUCAAGUAAUGCUGAUCAAGAUGGAAGUUCAAAUCAUAAAGAAAAAGCUCCUGAAGAUGUUUCUGGUGGGAAAGAGCAAGAAGAUGAGGAGGAGAGUGACAAUGAUGACCUGGCUGAAGCAGAUGAGGACGAAUCUGACCUGGAUUUGGCGUGGAAAAUGCUGGAUGUUGCAAGGGCAAUUGUUGAGAAACACGCAGGCGACACAAUGGAGAAAGUGGACAUAUUGUCAGCUUUGGCAGAGGUUGCUUUGGAAAGAGAGGAUAUUGAUACUUCUCUCAGUGAUUACCUAAAAGCAUUAUCUAUUUUAGAGCGCCUGGUUGAACCAGACAGUCGACAUUUGGCUGAACUAAAUUUUAGGAUAUGUUUGUGUUUGGAAAUUGGUUCAAAGGCUCAGGAAGCAAUUCCCUAUUGCCAAAAGGCUAUAUCUGUUUGCAAGUCUCGCGUGCAGCGGCUCACAAAUGAAGUAAGGACUUCAUCAGGGUCAACAACAACAUCAGCUGUUCAUGAAUCUGACCCAACUGUCCAACAUUCUUCCAGUGGAGGACAGCCUGAUGAUUCCGCCACAGAUAAAGGAGCAGAGAUUGAAACACUCUCUGGCCUCUCUGGUGAGCUGGAAAAGAAGCUUGAAGAUCUGCAACAGCUUGUCUUGAACCCAACAUCAAUUCUUUCAGAUAUCCUGGGCAUGGUUACUGCCAAGGCAAAGGGCAUUGAGAAGAGUGCUUCUUCAGCUGUAAUGAGCUCUUCGAGGAUUGGUAAUGCCAACAGCAGUGGAGAUUUCGAGUCACCUACUGUUUCUACUGCUCACACAAAUGGUGCUGCUGGGGUGACACAUCUUGGUGUGGUGGGAAGAGGAGUCAAGCGCAUGUUGAUGAACUCGAGCCCAUCAGAAUCUAGCUCCAUGAAGAAGCCUGCAUUGGGUCCAUCACCGGAUAAAGGUGAUGGGAGUGCCUCUUGAAGGUUUGGCAUUACAGAAUCUGUGAUUUUGUAGGGGGAGGAUAAAAUGUAAGGUAAAUUUGGAGUUUGAAUUGAUGAGGAUCAUGGAUGUUGUCUUGGAGAAUCGUUUUCUACCUGACAAUUGUUUUAAGUUAGUAUGCUGUGCCAGGUGGAAUUCUCAUAUAAGUUUCUACUUUCUUGUAAUUUGAAUCUAAACAGAAGUCUUACUUUGCAAAUCUUAAUCCAUGAUUUGAUAUUGUGAUGCUAA